CGAGUUCAGCGCUCAGACUCAAUCAGCGCUCAGACCGCUCACACAUAGAGGGCCACUCCGCUCACCGGACCAGCUCGUUCCUUUGAUGGAUUGUCCUGGAACUCGUGUCCUCCUCUCCGCGGGAUAAACUUUACAUCUCACUGCUUUUAUCAUGGGAAUAUACCGCCGCUGUUUGCUGCUCUGUGGAUAUACUCAGCCUUAAUGGAAACUAUGACACCGCUGCAGGGGACCAUGGGACAGCAAAGGUCCGAGUCUCUGACCGGGGAGAAUAAGUAUCUCCCCGAAAACAAAAAGAAAAUGAAGACCCUGGCGCAGAGGCGACAGUCGGCUCCCUCGCUGGUCAUCAGCAAAGCCCUCACUAGAUCCAGGAGCACGUCCAGGGAAACCUGCUCGAUGCCUGUCAGCCCGGAGUCCUGUUCCCUCGUCCAGGGCUUUCUGGCUGAAAGUGCAGGACGCCUGUUUUUGGGCCACGCCCAGACGCAGCUGAAGACCGGCCUGCAGACUCAGGAGAGACACUUCUUCCUCUUCAACGACACACUGCUGGUUGCCAAAGCCAAGUCCCCGACUCACUUUAAAGUGAAGUCCCAGGUGAGAGUGUGUGAGAUGUGGACCGCUAACUGCAUGGAGGAGGUGUGUGAGGGCAGCACCAACCCGGACCGGAGCUUUGUCAUGGGCUGGCCCACGUGCAACUAUGUGGCCACGUUCAGCUCUGAAGAGCUAAAGGAUAAAUGGCUGGCGCUCAUCAACGGUCGAAUCAGUGAGGGAAAAGAGAAGGAUGACCCAAAGACCGUUCCGCUGAAGAUCUUUGCCAAGGACAUAGGAAACUGUGCUUACGCGAAGACGCUUGCAGUCAACAACACAGACACCACCACUGACGUGAUUCGCAUGUCCCUGCAGCAGUUCGGCAUCUCUAGUUGCAUCAAAGACCUCCGGUUGUGGGUGAACUCCAGUAAAGACGACCCUCCGUAUCCCCUUAUCGGCCACGAGUUUCCCUUCUGCAUCAAGAUGAGCCACAUUCGGGACGGCGGGAGCUGUCCAGGACGAAUAGGACGGGACCCGAUGAGUCCAACCGACUGCCCUGGAGUUCUGCUGCUGGAUCAGUGUCUCCCUCCAGACACCCAGUGUCAGUUCAUCCUCAAACCCAACAAAGUCCUCCUGUCACCUCAGGAGCUUUUAGAGCCCGGUCAGCACAAGACUUUUAAGAGGAAGAGGUCUCUCAUAAACUGGCCCUUCUGGAGAGGUUCCAGCUCGCAGCUGGACGGCUUGCCUCUGUCUCCGACCUUCAGCGCCGCUCAGGGACGGCUGUUCGGACGCCCCCUGAGCUCCGUUUGCUCUGCAGAUCACGGCCUGCCCAAGCCUGUCAUGGACAUGUUGGUGUUUCUGUAUCUGGAAGGACCUUACACCAAAGGCGUCUUCAGGCGGUCGGCCGGGGCUAAAGCCUGCCGGGAGCUCAGAGACAGACUGGACAAUGGGACGGACAACCCAGAGAUCAAACACCAGCCCAUGUUCGUUAUCGCAGCUGUCCUCAAGGACUUCCUACGGAACAUCCCAGGCAGCUUACUGUGUGCGGAUCUGUACGACCAGUGGAUGGACACGAUGGAGCAGGAAGGAGGCGACCAAAAGAUGGAAGCUAUUCAAAGGCUCCUGCCUCUUUUGCCCGCUGAGAAUCUGCUUCUGCUGCGACAUCUGAUAGCCGUGCUGCACUGCAUACAAGGCAACGCCCAGGAGAACCAGAUGAAUGCCUUCAACCUGGCUGUUUGCAUUGCUCCCAGCAUUCUUUGUCCGCCGGCUCCAAAUACCCCAGAGAUGGAGGGGGAGGCCACAAAAAAGGUAUGUGAGCUGGUCCACUUCCUGAUAGAGAACUGCAGCGGCAUCCUGGGAGACGUCACCUCACUGUUCAGAGCCUUCUGCCAGAAGAGCAGCGGCAGCGACCACGGAUCAGAUGUGUCGUCCUUCCAGAUGAACGACUCCUCCUACGACAGCCUGGAGAACGAGCUCAACGACGAUCCUGAAUCUCCUUACCAGGAGCAGCUACCGCUCCGGGAUAAAGACAAGCCUGACAGCUGCAGCCGGGACUCCGUCAUCACCCUCAGUGACGGGGACCCUGAUCCAGACCAUGACUCUGAGCUCACUCUGCAGCUCCCUCCUCAGGCCAGACCCAGGAAGUUCAGCCCGGCAGUUCGACAGCCUCGAGCCCGCCAGGCCAACAGCUCGUUGCAAGGUCCCAGAAGGCUCAGGAGGUGUUCCGAGCCUGCCUUGGUUUUGGCCCCCACCCCAUCUUUAAACAGUACCGUGGCUCAUGGAGAAACACGGCACCAACCUGUCAGAAAGGCGAGCUAUGACGCCUCUAUAGAGGGAGAAGGCGAGGAGGAUGAAGUGUUUUUGGAGCGGGAGCUGGGCCGACUUCACUUGAAGGAGGAGGGAAGAGAUGGGUCUGAGAAGAAAGCAGCCAAAGCCUCCACCUGUGGGAAGAGAAAGGCAAAGCCAGCACCUCCACCUCCUUUACGAUUAGAUGCCAGCUGCUCCAGUUUAUCCUCACCGGCAACCUCACCAACAGGCUCCUCCCUAAGCUCCUUAGACUCCGCCUUCUCACAGUAUUCCACUGACUACACUGUGAAAUGGCCAGUUUCGCAGCAGUCACCGCGAGACUCCCCACCUCAGAGGGAAGCCACGCCUCACUUGCAGUCUUCUUCUCACCCCCAACCGACUAGCCAGACCACGUCACAUGGCCUUCACCCCAACACGUGGCUAAAGCGGGACCGCCGCCUCUCUCUGAAGCAGUCUGAAGACGGACAAUCAGAGGGCUCGUCUGUGGGGAAUGGAACCCCCCUCCUGGCAAAUAAUGGCCACUCUGCCGCCAACCAGGAAGCUGGAACGGUAAAACAAAACUGCCAUCAGAGAUCUGGCAGUCCUCCAUCCUACCAUCAGGCUUUGCUGCAGCUGCAGCGCAACCGCUCGCCUUUCUACAGAGGAACGGAGAAAGCCCCGACAGUGAAAGAGCUGAGGCAGCUUCAUGACCCGCCCGCCACCUACAGAACAUCAAAGCCAACCUCCCCCAACAACCUCAAACUACUUCAAAGUGAAGGCGCCCAAAGACUGGCAGGGACUGGGAAGCAUGUUCAGCCCCCAAAGGGCAUCUUCUUUGGACAGAACGCCUCCAACCUGAUCCUCCAAAGGCCCAAAUCCCACUCCCUAACCCCACCCAUGGAUGUCCAUAAACUUAGUAAGACUCUUCCCCGCAGAGCAUCCGAACCUGCUAAGGUCUCAGCAGACUCUCAUCACUCCACCAGCCUGACUUUGGACAGGCUUCCCGCGUUUAAAGCUAAAUGUCAAGAUGCCAGGCUAGGUUUGGCCGACUCCGAGCCCCACCACUCGGCAUCUCCCUUCUGCCUUUCGUCCUCUUCCGCUCGAGCGGUGAGGGACUACUUCUGCUCCCAGGGUCAGGAGGAUCCAGAGGCCUGCCUGCAGAGGAGUCAGGAGGUGGUGGUAGCUAUCGUGCAGGGUAAGGAGUGGCAGAGCAAGCGGUGCAGCGACCCGCCCAUGGAGGACUUUGAGCAACUUUUCUUUGCAGAAGAAUCUUACGUGUGAAAACUUUGUAAAGACAAAAUGUACAUUCAAGAAACACUCAUCUGGUUUCAUAUACAACACUUUUAUUCUGCUUUCCUGCUGCCAUAUAAAUGUCUUACUGUUGCAGGUUACUGUAAAGGUACUUUAAACCAUUCACAAUUUACACGUUACAUAUACAGACUGCAGAUUUAAACCAUAAAACUAUUAAAACUGCUGCCAAAUACUUCAGAGAUAAAGCUCUAGUCCAAAAAUCUGUUUUCAUCCACCCUCCAGCCAUUGUUCUGUCUUCAGAACGUACUGCUGCUCUAUCAGCACAUGAAGAAAUUCCGGAGAGUUUUCUUAAAGUGUUUGGAAGUGUUCUAAAAGAGCAGGAAAACCUGUUUUUAUUCACAGUUGAAGAUGCAAAGCUCAAAAAGCCAGACUUUUAUUGUCUUAAAUUCUCUUCACAAUGCCUGUGAUGCUUUCACCUCAGAGGAAGUCACGGCGAAAGCGCUCAUGCAGUAUAUACAACAUUUUAACAACAUUUGUGCUUUUUAUGCCAAAUAUAAUAAUAGUUUUUUGUCCGAUUCUAUGCUGGUUGCUAUUCCUCUCAGCUCAGUUUCCAAAGGCAGCCUGUUAUUGCUCUGCUGCGUGUCUGUGAACAGAGCCGAGCUGUUAACUCAGAAGUCCGUCUCUGGGAAAGAAAGUUGGAAUUGUUUUCUGAUUGUCCUGAAGAAGAAAUGUGAGAAAGCCAAUUCUGCUGAGGCAUAAACUCCUUCUAUUCUGCUAUUAUAACACUUUCUGAUUUUUCUGUAGGAGCUCUUGUUAGUCUCAGAUACAAGCAGCUGUUAAUGUGGGUGUGGGUGUGCUGGUGUCUUUAAAUGUAUAUGUGAUAAAACUCUGCUGGCGGACUUCUGAGGACAUUUGUCUUGGUCCUCAGAAGUUAGAAGUCCUUUCAGAUGGUUAUCUUGGUUUGAUGCGGCGUGUGUGUCUUGUUUUCAUAAUGUCAAGAGAUGAGACGCUCAUUUUCUUAUGGGAUCAUAAAAACAAGAGAAUAAUACACUAUUUUUGUUUAAAAAAAAAACAUAACAGAGUCAGGAUGUGUGGUCCAUUUUAAGACCACUUUUAAAAUGUCUUCAAUCAACUUAAUUCAAAUCUAAUUUGAUUGAAGAUUUAAUUUGGUUCAGUUCUGUCUUUCAUCAGUAAAAUCUUUUAUCCAUUUAUUACUGAACUGAAAAUCUUGCAUAAAAAAUGUAAAAAUAAUCCCAGUUUUGUCAAAUGUUUAGGUGUCAGUGCAUUCUAUCGUCCUUUUGUAUGUUCAUGGUUCAGCUUUGCAUUGUGGGAGUGGAAAACUGAAACACGUGUGUAAAGUUCUUCAUUUGGAAGCAACCUCUGUUGAAAGUUGUGUGAAUCUAACCGUUUUUUUUUUUCAUUCUUUGCUGACACUUCAUUGUUCAUGACCUGAUUUCAGUGAUAAAAAGCCUACCCAUUCAUAGAUUAUCUGUAGUAAUAGGACAGUUUUGUUCUUUUUACAGUCUUAUUAAAUGGUAACGCACUGGAAGAAGGUUAUUAACUUGCUUUUUCUCUAAGCAAUCUAUCAUGUUCAUUGCUCUCUACUACAUUAAUGUGUGUCUGACCUGUAUAGAUGUUGAUAUUUAAGAUACAGAUAUAUAAGCAUAUAAAAUCAUUUUGUUCAUCUUUGGCAUGAUGGGCAACUAAAAUGUAUUUUGUAAAUGCCAAUUCUGCUGCUGCUGUUUCAUAGAAAGCAUAUUUGCUACAAAACGCACUAUUUGUAUAUUGUGUACAUCUUUUGUGUAACACUCACAAGAACAAAACUGGCAUUGAUGCUAAUAAAUGUUGCUCUUGUGAAAAUAU